GCGCAGGCGCGCGGAGGCUCGCAGCCGCCCGCAGAGAGGCGGAGGCUUAGGUAGCGCCAACGUCUAGGGGCUGUUUGGCGCUGGUUGCACCUGAGCGGAGCCCGCCCCACGGUGGCAGACCCGGUCAUCCCUGUCGGCCCGACUGUGGUACAGACCUCCAUGACCCGGUCCCAGGUCGCCCUGCUGGGCCUGGGCCUGCUGUUCAUGCUGCUACUGUAUGUGGGGCUGCCAGGACCCCCUGAGCAGACCUCCUGGCUCUGGGGAGACCCCAAUGUCACAAUCCGGGCUGGUCUCACCCCUGGCAGCUCCCCCAUUUUUUACCGCGAGGUGCUCCCACUUCACCGGGCCCGCAGGGUGGAUGUGGUGCUGCUCCAUGGAAAGGCCUUUAACUCCCGGACAUGGGAGCAGCUGGGCACACUGCAGCUGCUGGCACAGAGGGGCUACCGGGCCGUGGCCCUUGACCUCCCAGGUUUUGGGAACUCGGCACCUUCGAAGGAGGCAAGCACAGAGGCAGGGCGGGCACAGCUGUUGGAGCGAGUGCUGCAGGACCUAGAGGUGCAGAAUGUCGUGCUGGUGAGCCCUUCACUGAGUGGCUGCUAUGCGCUGCCCUUCCUGAUGCAAGGCCACCACCAGCUGCAUGGAUUCGUGCCCAUUGCACCUGCGUCCACCCAGAACUACACCCAAGAACAGUUCCAGGCCGUGAAGACCCCGACUCUCAUCCUGUAUGGGGAGCUGGACCGCGUCCUGGCUUGGGAGUCACUGCGGCAGCUCCGCCACCUGCCUAACCACUCUGUGGUGAAGCUGCGCGAUGCAGGCCAUGCCUGCUACCUCCACAAACCACAAGACUUCCACCUCGUCCUUCUUGCCUUCCUUGACCAUCUGCCUUGAGCUCACCCACU